AAUCACGCGAAACUGACCCGCCACUACCCAAACGCCAAGUAAAUACAAGCCCUCCCCUCUUCUUUCCUCAUGUUAACUAAAGCACAGCUUGGGAAACCACUCAACAUUUUUCUCCCCCGGCAAGAAUAAGACGAGAAAUGAGCGAUACCUCCCUCAUAGACCACCCAACCCCCUCAGGCUGGUCCGAAGAGUCCGAAGGAGCGUUCGAGGAGGACCUUAGUUACUCGGACUACGGCAGCGAGUUGGAAGGGCGUGACUACGAUCAUUAUCACGAUGAAAUAGUGGACGAAGACGAUCAUGAGUACGGUCAGACAUUGCAGCAAUCCCCCCUCUCCUGGGCGGUUCGAAACAACCACACGGAUAUCGUCAAAUUGCUCUUGAGCCGAGAAGAUAUCCUGCCUGAUUUGCCCGACAGUAACAGCCGAACACCCCUCUUCCUGGCCUGCAAAUAUGGCAAGGAGGAGAUCGUCAGUCUACUGCUGGCGACAGGCGAUGCUGUGGAUCCCAACGCUCGAGAGCCUUGGCGUUCCUUCUCGCCCCUCACUGUAGCUGCAUUUUGUGCACAAGAAGGCGUGGUAAAACUUCUCCUAACGCGUAACGAUAUAGAUGCCAACAUCCGCAGCCGUGAUGGCCGGACUGCGCUCUCGCUAGCGGC